AUGAAGUGAUCUCAUAUUGUGGUAGGUAAGCUCGCUUGUUUCUACAGACCUGGUUACUCUCGCGAGAUCUGGCAACAGGCUCUGUGAGCAUCAGAAAAAUGGCGGAAAGCGAGUUGAACGUUGACAGCCUGAUCUCUCGACUACUGGAAGUGCGAGGAUGUCGUCCAGGGAAGGUCGUACAGAUGACGGAGGCUGAGGUUCGGGGGCUCUGCAUCAAGUCCAGAGAGAUUUUUCUCAGUCAGCCGAUCCUGCUAGAACUGGAGGCUCCACUCAAAAUCUGCGGUGAUAUCCAUGGACAGUACACAGACUUGCUGAGGCUAUUCGAGUAUGGAGGCUUCCCUCCAGAGGCCAACUAUCUGUUCCUGGGGGAUUAUGUGGACAGAGGGAAGCAGUCGCUGGAGACCAUCUGCCUGCUGCUCGCCUACAAGAUCAAAUAUCCAGAAAACUUCUUCUUGCUCAGGGGGAACCACGAGUGUGCCUCCAUCAAUCGCAUCUACGGCUUCUAUGAUGAGUGCAAGCGCAGGUUCAACAUAAAGCUCUGGAAGACCUUCACAGACUGUUUUAAUUGUCUGCCCAUUGCUGCGAUCAUUGACGAAAAGAUUUUCUGCUGCCACGGAGGGCUCUCACCUGAUCUACAGUCCAUGGAACAAAUUCGACGCAUUAUGAGACCCACUGAUGUCCCAGACACAGGCUUGCUGUGUGACCUGCUGUGGUCAGACCCAGACAAAGACGUCCAGGGCUGGGGGGAGAACGAUCGGGGAGUUUCCUUCACCUUUGGGGCCGCUGUGGUCAGCAAGUUUCUCAACCGUCACGACCUGGAUCUCAUCUGCCGAGCACAUCAGGUUGUUGAAGAUGGCUAUGAGUUCUUUGCCAAGCGACAGCUGGUAACGCUGUUCUCUGCCCCCAACUACUGCGGGGAGUUUGACAACGCAGGCGGCAUGAUGAGCGUGGACGAGUCCCUUAUGUGCUCCUUUCAGAUCCUGAAGCCAUCGGAAAAAAAAGCAAAGUACCAGUACGGAGGGGUGAAUGCAGGACGCCCCGUCACCCCGCCUCGAACCGCUCAGGCACCGAAAAAAAGGUGAGCGGCCCGACCCCGACUCUCCUGCUCCUCCCCGGCUGGUCUCUGGCCCACCUCCCUGCAGGCUGCCUCAAACACUCCAGAAAUAUCUGUCAGCUUGUUGGUGUAAACAAAAACUCCAGGAGUGUUUUUUUGCUUGUUCUGUGGGUAUUUUUAAGAACAUGUGAGUGGUAUUUUUUUCGACUGAUUUCUUUUUGAUGCCAUGGUAUGUAUUACCCUCACUUCUGUUACUCAACGCCAUUCACCAAUAUUUAAACCAGACUCUUGUGGGAAUGGACAAGAGGUUAAGAAAAGAUGCUUCUCUUCUUUCACAUUAACAAUUUCCAUAGUGAUUUUAUGAACGCAUGCACGCUUGUGAGAUUGAGACAGGCUCUUUGCUCUAGCCGAUGUAAAAUUCAUAAUUUCUCAUUUUCACCGUGAUUAACCAAAUUACUGCCAUUAGCCACUUCUAUAUUGGCUGAAGUAGUAUUCUGCUUACAGGAAUAAUUUUUACAUUUUGGGAAAUAUGCUUAUUUCUUGCAAGGAGUGGGAAGAGAACACGACUCCCGUCUUUCAAAUAUGAAACUACCACCAGCAGUUGGCUAACUUAGCUUAGUACAAAGACUGGUAUCUGGAGAAAACAACUAGCCUGGCUCCGUUAACAAAAUCCACCGACCGGCUCUUUAAUUAGCACAUUGUUUGUUUAAUCCUUAACAAUUUCUUCAAGAUAUAAAACGUCUUAUCGUAUCGAUCUUCUCAUCUAACAUUUGGCAAGAAGGCGACUAAGCGUAUAUUUUCCAAAAUGUCUGGUGAGUACAGCAGGUGUGUGGAAAAGUAGAGAUGCUAUUGCAAGAGAAGAAGGUAAAUGAAAGAAAUGUGAAGACCACAACAGAAACUGACCUACAGUAUGGGAUUAAAAAAAUAGUUGUCAGUAUAUUCAUCUUUAAACAACAGCAGAUGUUGACCUCUCACACGCUGAACAUUGUUUCACUUCCAGUUAUCGCAUGACAUGAUAAAGAGUUCAAAAUCAUCAAGGCGGGACGAUGGCAUUUUGUUUGUUGUUGGCUAGUUAUACAGUGUUCCCAUUUAGUGGUUAUUGAAUGAAGUAAAUCAUUUA